GAAUCGCUUGCUUUCCCGCCCAAAUCCCUCUCUCCAGGCUCUCAUUCCCAGGUCCUCCCGAGUCCAUAAACUCUCCCACUGGGAAAUUCUUUUUUUUCCUUCUUUCCUCCCUCUUUGACUUUCUGUCUCUGUCUACCUUUUCUCUCAUCGUCAUCACAUCAUCAUCAUCAUCAUCCACUUGCCCACUUGUCGUGCACCUCCUACACCAUGUCUCCCUCUCGAGUGCCCCUGCCCAACAGCACUCUGGAUCGCUUCCCCCAUAUCCAUGAUGACCCUUCUACGCUGCCCCGGUCCCUGGACCCCUUCACCAUCACCACCUCGACUGGCUUCCUUCCCUACCUCACUGCCCCUACCUCACUGCCCGAUGUCUUCCAGCCUUUGAUGUCCCUCCUUGAGCGGAUGUCGGUCCUCAAGCUCGAUGGCACCCCAGGUCUGCUUGCCACGUACGAGCUGGGCCCUGCUGUGCUUGCCGAGCUGCCGGACUUGACGGAUGAGAUCGACAAGCAGGUCACGGCGGAGGGCGCUCCGGACCUGUACAUGAUCGCCGCUCUCUUCCGGGACUACUCUUUCCUCGCUUCGGCCUAUAUCCUUGAGCCCUGCUGGGAGAACUGGUGCAAGAACCCUGAGGGCGGCUAUGGGCUGGGACGAGAGCUGCUGCCCAAGUCUGUCGCUCGUCCGAUGUACCGCUGUGCUCAACUUCUGGACAUUCCUCCUUUCUUGUCCUAUGCCGCUGCCUACUCUCUCUUCAACUACACCCUCGAGGAACCGUCCAAGGGCCUGGUCUACCCUAACCUCCGGCUGGUGCGGGCCUUUGAGAACGGACUCGACCCCAAGAGCUCCGAAGCCGGGUUCAUCCUAACCCAUGUGGACAUGGUGAAGUUCUCGAGCGGCCUGAUCAGCGGAGCCGUCAAGGUUGUCGAUACGGUCGAGCAGAACGGAUCCCGGUCAGUGGUCAAUGAUGGGUUCCGAGAAAUCCUGUCGUCGAUGGAAGUCAUCGAAGCAGCCAUGUGGGCCAACUCCAAGCCCCAGGACUAUCUCUCGUUCCGCGUCUUUAUUUUCGGAAUCACUUCCCAAUCCAUGUUCCCCAACGGUGUCGUUUACGACGGAGUGCUCGACAACAAGCCUCUUUUCUUCCGGGGCGAGAGUGGCGCGAACGACAGCAUGAUCCCUCUGCUCGACCACCUCUGCCAGAUCCCGAUGCCCUCGAACCCGCUCACCAAGGUGCUUCAUGAAUUCCGGGCCUACCGACCCCUUCCCCACCGUGAGUUCCUCGCGCACAUCAACUCCAAGUCGGAAGAGGUCGGGGUGCGCAACUUUGCGCUCGCAGACACCGAGACCACGAUUCUCCUCCUGAAGACCCUUAACCACGUGCGGAGUUUCCGCUGGCGCCACUGGCUGUUUGCCCGCGAGUACAUCAUCCGCCGCACGCCGCACCCGACGGCCACGGGUGGAAGUCCGAUUGUGACGUGGCUUCCGAACCAGUUGUCCGCCGUCAUGAACUUGAUGAUCUCGAUCUACGAUACAUAUCUGGCCCCCCAGAAGGGCAAUGGCGAGGGACCGGAUGGCCAGAAGGGCUACGACGCUUAUGAGACGCAGGUUGAGCCGAUGAUGGAGAUGGUGCGGGACCAGAAGGAGAAGUUGGCGCGAGAGGUGGAGAAAUGGUGUCAGGAGAGGGGAGUUUGAGGGAUGAUGAUGAUGAGGAGGAGGAGGAGGAGGAGGAGGAGGAGGUGGUGGUGGUGGUGGUGGUUGAUGCAGCCGAGUAAUAGUCAUGAUACCAUUUGCCACAUCCCGCAAACGAUGUGCGCCUUUUCAUAUUCGCCAUAAGGCAAGAAGUAGAAAUUGAAC